GGUGACGUCCGGGUCCCUGCCCGUCUGAAAACUCCGCGCCGCGGCGGAGGAGGCGGCGGCGGCGGCGGCGGCGGCGGCGGAGCAGCGGCGAGCCGAGGCGGCGGCGGGGCCGAGCGGGAGCCCGAGCGGCGGCCGGGCCCGCGGGAGCCGCGGGGAGCGCGGGGGCGGCCGGAGCGCGCCGGGGUCCCCGCGCCCGCUCGCUCGCUCGCCCCGCCGCGCUCCGAAGAUGGUGGCGGCGCCGUGCGCCCGGAGGCUGGCCCGGCGCUCGCACUCGGCGCUGCUCGCGGCGCUCACCGUGCUGCUGCUGCAGACGCUGGUCGUGUGGAAUUUCAGCAGCCUCGACUCCGGGGCCGGCGAGCGCCGCGGGGGCGCAGCGGCCGGCGGCAACGAGCAGCCGCCCCCGGCCCCGGCCCCGCGCCGCGAGCGCCGGGACCUGCCCGCCGAGCCGGCUGCAGCCCGGGGAGGAGGCGGCGGCGGCGGCGGAGGAGGAGGAGGACGAGGAGGACGGGGGCCCCCGGCGCGGGCGCGGGGAGGCGGCCCCGGAGAAGCCCGCGCGCAGCAGCCGGCCAGCCGCGGGGCGCUGCCCGGCCGGGCGCAGCCGGACCCGCACCCGAGCCCGCUGAUCACCCUGGAGACCCAGGAUGGCUACUUCUCUCACCGGCCCAAAGAGAAAGUGCGGACCGACAGCAACAACGAGAACUCCGUCCCUAAGGAUUUUGAGAACGUGGACAAUAGCAACUUCGCACCCAGGACCCAGAAGCAGAAGCACCAGCCCGAGUCUGCGAAGAAGCCCCCGGGGCGACAGAAGGAGCGUUUGCAGAGGAAGCUGGAGCCCCAGGAGAAAGGGCAGGGACAGGGACGUCCCUUCCUGGGGAAAGGGCCCAAGGAGGCCCUGCCUCCCCGGGACAGCGCCGCAGCCAACAGCAGCCGAGGGAAGGACGCCCCCAGACUGCCCCAUGCCAGGAGGAGCGGCGGCAGCUCCCGGGAGACCAAAUACGACCAGCCCCCCAAGUGCGACAUCUCCGGCAAGGAGGCCAUCUCUGCCCUGUCCCGCUCCAAGUCCAAGCACUGCCGCCAGGAGAUCGGGGAGACCUACUGCCGCCACAAGCUGGGACUGCUGAUGCCCGAGAAGGUGACUCGGUUCUGCCCCCUGGAGGGCAAAGCCAGCAAGAACGUGCAGUGGGACGAAGACUCUGCGGAGUUCAUGCCCGCCAACCCGGUCAGGAUCGCCUUCGUCCUGGUGGUGCACGGCCGCGCCUCCCGGCAGCUGCAGCGCGUGUUCAAGGCUAUCUACCACAAGGACCACUUCUACUACAUCCACGUGGACAAGCGCUCUAAUUACCUGCAUCGGCAAGUGCUCCAGUUCGCCGGGCAGUACAGCAACGUCCGCGUCACCCCCUGGAGGAUGGCCACCAUCUGGGGAGGAGCCAGCCUCCUGGCCACCUACCUGCAGAGCAUGCGGGACCUUCUGGAGAUGACCGACUGGCCGUGGGACUUCUUCAUCAACCUCAGCGCAGCCGACUACCCCAUCAGGACGAAUGACCAGCUGGUGGCGUUUCUCUCCCGAUACCGAGACAUGAAUUUCCUGAAGUCACACGGCCGGGACAAUGCAAGGUUCAUCCGGAAACAAGGCCUGGACCGGCUCUUCCUGGAGUGCGAUGCGCACAUGUGGCGCCUGGGCGAUCGCAGGAUCCCCGAGGGCAUCGCGGUGGACGGCGGCUCCGAUUGGUUCCUGCUGAACCGGAAGUUCGUGGAAUACGUGACCUUCUCCACGGACGAUCUGGUGACCAAGAUGAAGCAGUUCUAUGCCUACACGCUGCUUCCCGCCGAGUCCUUCUUCCACACGGUCCUGGAGAACAGCCCCCACUGCGACACCAUGGUGGACAACAACCUGCGCAUCACCAACUGGAACCGCAAGCUGGGCUGCAAGUGUCAGUACAAGCACAUCGUGGACUGGUGCGGCUGCUCCCCCAACGACUUCAAGCCGCAGGACUUCCACCGCUUCCAGCAGACCGCCCGGCCCACCUUCUUUGCGCGCAAGUUCGAAGCGGUGGUGAACCAGGAGAUCAUCGGGCAGCUGGACUACUACCUGUACGGGAACUACCCGGCCGGCACCCCGGGCCUGCGCGCCUACUGGGAGAACGUGUACGAGGAGCCCGACGGCGUCCACAGCCUGAGCGACGUGGCGCUCACGCUGUACCACGCCUUCGCCCGCAUGGGGCUGCGCAGGGCCGAGGCCUCGCUGCACACGGACGGGGAGAACAGCUGCAGGUACUACCCAAUGGGCCACCCGGCAUCUGUCCACCUCUACUUCCUUGCCGACCGCUUCCAGGGCUUUCUGGUCAAGCACCAUGCUACCAAUCUGGCCGUGAGCAAACUCGAGACCCUGGAGACGUGGGUGAUGCCAAAGAAAGUCUUCAAGAUCGCGAGCCCCCCCAGUGACUUCGGGAGGCUUCAGUUUUCUGAGGUCGGCACUGACUGGGAUGCCAAGGAGCGGCUGUUCCGCAACUUCGGGGGCCUCCUGGGGCCCAUGGACGAGCCAGUGGGGAUGCAGAAGUGGGGGAAGGGGCCCAACGUGACCGUGACCGUCGUCUGGGUGGAUCCCGUCAACGUCAUCGCGGCCACCUACGACAUCCUCAUCGAGUCCGCUGCCGAGUUCACACACUACAAGCCCCCUCUGAACCUGCCCCUGAGGCCCGGGGUCUGGACAGUGAAAAUCCUCCACCACUGGGUGCCGGUUGCAGAGACCAAAUUCCUUGUCGCGCCGCUGACCUUCUCAAACAGGCAGCCCAUCAAACCAGAGGAGGCAUUGAAGCUGCACCACGGACCCCCCCGCAGUGCCUACAUGGAGCAGAGCUUCCAGAGCCUGAACCCCGUCCUCGGCCUGCCCAUCAGCCCUGCCCAGCUGGAGCAGGCCGCCCGGAACGCCGCCUCCACGGGCGCAGCGCUGGAGGGCUGGCUGGACUCGCUGGUGGGCGGGAUGUGGACCGCCAUGGACGUCUGUGCCACGGGCCCCACCGCCUGCCCGGUCAUGCAGACCUGCAGCCAGACAGCCUGGAGCUCCCUCAGCCCCGACCCCAAGUCAGAGCUGGGCGCCGUCAAACCCGACGGCCGGCUGAGGUAGCACUGGCCCCCUGAGGGCCACGGCGCCGUCUCCACGGGAACGCAGCCAGGGGGCUGGUGCGGCAGAACCCUGGCCAGGGGCUCCCCCGGCCAUAGGACGGAGGAGGAGGAGGGUUUGGAGGCCAGAGCAGGGCCUGCUGGCUUCUGGGGCUAGGGUCGGGCCCCAGGGUGGUCUCGCCUCUCCCCGCGGAUCCCAACUUCCGCGGUUCCUCUCCUCCCCUCCUGUGACCUGCACCAUCCCUCACCAGUGAUUUCACACUUUAUUUUGAGCAGCAGAACUUUGUUUACUCAGCACUUGGAAGGUGGACGUUCAGGCGCAGACGAAAUCCAGGCUGCGCUGGCGGAAGCUGCGCGGGGAGGGCCCCUCCCCGGGCCCAGCGUGCCAGGCCGGCCCUCUGCCCGGGACAUCUCCCAAGGCCCCCCUUCCAAACCCAAGGGCUCUGCAAAACGCAGUUUGACGAGCACUGCCCACAGGGAGGGUCUGGCCUCCUGCUGCCCUUCCGCGUAGCUUUCCGCUCCUUUGGUGGGAACCCCCGUGCCAGCCCUAGCGCAGCUGGCCACUGAGGUCACCGUCUCAGGCCUUUCCAAGGGAGUUGGGCUUGGGACGGGCACGAGCUGUUCUCCCUGAUAACUAGAGAAGCAGGGAAGCCUGUCAGGUGACAGGGCCAGGGAGCAAGACUGCCUGUCGGCCAUCGGCCCAGGCCACCUCCGUCGAGGCUGCCGCACAGGGUAACAGAAAUGGAACAAUGUUGUGAGCAGGGGCCUCCAGUGUCCUACCUGUUGCUUUUCUAGAUGGAGACCGUGACCUCCUAGGCCCUUCAGCCUGGGAACAGUGGGGACCAGGGCCAAGAAACUCACAGGACAUUGCUUGGAGCUGGUCGCUGAGCCAGGCAGCAAAGCAAUACCCAGCCCCACCUGCCACCGCCCUGCCCUUCCGAGGUCUGGCGCCCAAACCCUUUGUGAACUGCACAGUUGGUGCUGUGGGGGGACCAGGGUCCUUGCAGGAAAAAGCAUUUCAGAGUCGCUGAUUACACCCACGUCCUCCCUCGUCCACGCCCCCAGGGGCCCGUCAGGACAUGAGCGUAAAAACGAGAGGGUUGAGUUUCUGAAGUGGGAAGGGUGUCCACACGUUUUUAAACAGUAUUAUUCAAAUCGCUUGAUCUCUCAGAAACUUGAAGGGUUUCCUUGGCACGGGCCCUCUGGAGGACACCCACACACACAGCUCUUUUGAGGAGCCCUCUCCCCCGGCUCCUCCUUCUUCCUCAAAUCCCGCCUCUCCUGAGUGACGGGGGUUCCCUGGGAAAAGACGCUCCUGUUCUUCCCGCGGGGAGCUGGUCCUGGUGUAGGCAGGAAGGGUCCACGGUUCUCCUGGGUGACCUCCCGGGACAUGGCCCUUCCCCACCCAGCAAGGCAGGUGUCCUGUUGGCAACGGAGAACACAGAGAAGGGACACUGGCUAUUUAUUAUUUAUGUGUCUUGGUCAACGACUAGUCAGUAGGUGCUGUUUUCGCGCCUGUCGAUGAAGCGCUCAUGACGAAGCCACCCCUCUUCACGAAAGGCCCUCCCCUCCUGGCCACCCCUGGUCUGUCUCUCUCUCUCUCAGUUUCUGUCUUUCUGGGUCUGCCUACCCCCUCCCUGUCCUCAGAGUGAAGCAGGGACAUUGGACACGGUGAGAGAGCUCUGGCCAGCAGCAUCCCCGGCAGGGAUUGGGAGCCCGGGACCACCGAGGUCUGCUCUUCCUCAUCCAGCUGUUAGGCUGGUCCGUCCCUGAGCGCUGGAAUCCCUGAGCUGCCCUGCCCCUGGCCUGAGCCCAGAGUGUUGGCCGGAAGCGAGGCAUGGUGGACUCCCAGGCCCCUGGAACCAUGGUCUCAAUGCCACAAUGGCAGAAACAAGCUCCUCCUGAGGGGACAGGCGCGAUUGGCCCCAGCCAGGCGAGUCCAGACCGCUGUUGUCCAAGGUGGUUCUGGGAAGCCGGCCGCGUUCUCAGAAAGCCGGCGGGAUCUCUAGGUGUUCUGCAAACUCCAAGGGCCCCCAGUCCAGGCGCAGGGCUCUCUCCGCCCAGCUGCUGGCCCAGGCCAGGGUUUCCCUGGGGCUGCUGAAGCCCUGGGCGGGUCUCCUCCCCGCCUGGGCCAGCUGCUAGGGCUCUUCUGCAGUGUUAUCAGUGGCUUUAGGGACUCGGCCCUGGCAGGUCCCUGGAUACAGAGCGAGCCAGACUCCAGCACAGGCCCUCCCGGCCCACUGACAUUCCGGACUCUUUCCAUCCUGGACAAGCGGCUGGCCCUCCUCCCCCAGGGCUUCCUCCCCACCCGCUGCAACUAAUUCUGGGGACUGAGAAGUCACACAGGGUGUUCUUUUGUCUCCGCUGUUUGGAGAUCAUGAGAAUAAUUUUGCAGCUGUUAACAUUUGAUUAAAAAAAAAAAAAUUCAGAUAAAGCCUAGUACAAUUUGCAAAAAGGAGAUGUUUUCCCAG